CAGCCAUUAAGUUCUAAAGAAGAAGAAGGGGAACGAGGAGGGAAAAAAGAAGAAGUAGGAACUGUGGAUCUCUGACACUUUGGUGCUGUUCUGCUCGGCAGCACCGCUCAGAUAGCUGGUGAUUGCCAAGCAAUGGAGCGUGUGAUAGGAGGAGGAAUGCUGCCACUGGUUUUAGCAGGUGUGGGGGUCGUGCUGCUGUACCGGAUACUUGUCCGCCUCAGAAAAGGAGCCUCAGUCCGAGGUGCUGUGGUGGUCAUCACAGGUGCCAGCUCUGGACUCGGGAAAGAGUGCGCACGGGUCUUCCACGCUGCAGGUGCACGGCUCGUGCUUUGUGGACGCGAUGCAGCCCGCCUGCAGCAGGUGGUCCAAGAGCUAACAGCAAGUUCAGCAAACACACAGAAGCAGAUUUACACUCCCUGUACUGUUGUCUUUGACCUGGCAAAAACGGACACGGUGGAGAGCGCUGCUGAAGAGAUCCUGAAAUGUUACGGACAAGUGGACGUCCUCAUUAAUAAUGCUGGAAUCAGUUACCGUGGCAAUAUACUGGAGACUCAUGUUUCAGUUCAGCGGGAUGUUAUGGAGACAAAUUACUUUGGGCCCAUUGCUCUUACACAAGCUGUCCUGCCCUCCAUGGUACGCCGCCGCAGUGGCCAUGUCGUAGCGAUCAGCAGUGUCCAGGGGAAGAUAGCCAUUCCUUACCGAUCAGCUUAUGCUGCCUCCAAGCAUGCCACCCAGGCCUACUUUGACUGCUUACGAGCAGAGAUCGAGCACUACGGGAUCCCAGUGACGGUAAUCAGCCCUGGGUACAUUCGAACCAACCUGUCCGUCAACGCCGUCACAGGAGAUGGCUCCAAGUAUGGAGUAUUGGAUAAAACGACAGCUACGGGCUGGGACCCUGUGGACGUGGCGCAAGAAGUCCUAAAGGCUGUUCGUCAGCAAAGUAAAGAUGUGGUUUUGGCCGGCCCUCUGCCCACCAUGGCCAUCUACCUCCGCACACUCUGGCCUGCGCUUUUCUUCAAGCUCAUGUCCUCCCGCGCUCGCAAGGAAAAGAAACCUAAAGACGAGUGAUGCAGCAGAAGUGGAGAGCAGCUGUUGUGGAAAAACAGACUGAGGCCAAAUGGUCAGGAUGAACUGGCGGAGCUGUUCUAGUCUGGCAUCUGAAAUAAGUCAGACCCUGUAUGAUUUUACCAGAGACGUGGAAUGUGUUUUAUUGUUUUGUAACAUCUGUGCCAGUUCACGGCUCUGUUGUUUUGAUACUUCUGCAAAUUUGGCAUCAGAAUUGCUGUUUUUUGCAGUAGCAUUCAUGCUUAAUUUCUCAUUCAUGUGAUAUUGAUAUUGUCUGUUUGGUCUGAAAGACAAAUUUCCAGCUGUCCCACUCAUAAAAAAGUCAUUGCCAGAAGCCUGCAGUUUAACAUUUUACUAACUGGGGAGGAGAACAGAUUUCAUUUAUAAACACCAUUACUCUGGAAAUCUUGAUGCCAACAGAACGUAAAUAAACCAAACUGUGGUAAAGGGAUCAUGUAUGCUGCUUUGCCAGAGUAUCUACCCACAACUGUGUCACUUACUUACUGUAAAUAAUGUUCUGUGGUUACAAAGUCAAACUUUGUCAACAAUUUCUCAUUGAAAUGUGGCACAACACCUGACAUGUUGUUUCUGGGUCAUUUUUUCCAUGCACUAUGCAGAAAACAUCACUGACAAUGAGUCACUUCACUACCCAUACACGAGUACUUGAGUUUUUGUUCGAAGUAGCUUCCAUCUAAUAUUGUUCACCACUUUAUUCCAGUUGAGAUGCUUUAAUGAGUAUUAAUGUACCGUUGUUAUUGGGAGCAGUCAGGGAGUCGGCAGAUAAACUCAUCCAUCUCUGGGAUGAGCCUAAGGCCACAGACUAACUUUGUACAUUCUUGCAUGUGAACUGGUGUGUACCCCACAGUGAAGACAAGAGGCAGAUUUUUAUAACUAUCUUUAUACAUAGAAUAGAACACCUUU